UCACUUAUCUAACUUCCAGAACUUAACCGAAAUACGACAAAAAGUCUUUGGCGGGUUUUAUCCCCUGCAUACCUGUCUAACCAAUUCACUGGCUCUAUCAUCUUCUUCAACCGAUCGUAAUUCUAGGGUUUUGGCAAAGCAAUUCAAGAAUCAAGAAACCAUUUCUCUGCCCGUGUAAAUCAGAAACAUGGCGGAACCUCCAUCACCGUCCACCAAUCAAACCUCCACUAGUACUAGCAGCAGCAGCAGCAGCAGUAAUACAGCGAUUACUGAUCUGAAUAUGGACUCGUUGGUCCACUGUACUUCGUACCUUAACCUACGAGACAUCUCUAACCUGGCCAUGUCCUGUAGUUACCUCAGACGAGUCGCCUAUUCUGAUCCCAUCUGGCUACGCUUUUCCAGGGAGCGCUGGUCAGAGCAAAUAUCAUCCAGCUUUCCACAAGCUUCAGGCGUGAGGGAGGCUUACUUGGCGAGGCAUACAGCUUUGAAUCAGUUUAAGUUCAUUGAUCCCUUAGUUGCUGACUCAUACAAAGAGGCACAACCUUUCAACCAUUUAUUCUUGGACAAAAACGAUAUAAUUUUCUCACAGGGUUCAUCUGUACACAUGAUGAGGAUUGAUAGCUUUCUCGGCGGGAGACCUUCUCUUUCAAGACUGUUUGAUCAUAAUGCAACAAUUACAUGUAUUAGAUUGUUUCCUCUAGCGGAAACAUCUUUAUUUCGAAGGGAGACGCAAAGAAAUGAUAAUGUUUUGGUUACAUCAAGCUGUGACCACUCUAUUCGUCUAUGGUGGAAGGGAACUUGCCAAAGAUGUUUCAGAGGUCAUAAUGGUCCCAUUACCACCCUCUCUGAUAAAUUAUUGGGUGAUGGGAGUGGAAAAAUAUUUGCCAGUGGAGGUGUAGAUGCCACUGUUCGCCUUUGGUCCCUCAGUUCUACAGGAAAACGUGGCCAGCAAGCUUUGAAGGCUACACUGUACGGGCAUGAUAAAGCUAUAGUGUCCAUGUCAGUUGCUGGGCACAAAAGCUCUCUUUUGGUGAGCAUAUCAAAAUAUUCCAAGGUAAGAGUUUGGGAUACAACAACUGCAUCAUCUGCUGUUCGCUCUUCUUGCUGUGUGGGGGUCACUUCUGUGCCUGGUGCACCUGUGGGUAUGAAAUGCCACGAGUCAUUGGUCUAUGUUGCCACUGGUUCAUCUGUUGUAGCGAUUGAUUUGAGGACGAUGCAGAAAGUGUUCACUGCAGCCAUCCACCGAGGAGAAUUGUUUUCAUUUGAAGCUUUGCCCUCAAAAUCCUUAAUCUGCACUGGUGGUACUGACAGGGCAAUGCUGUGGGAUAUUAGGAGAAGCAGUGAACCAAUGACGGUUUUAGACGGGCAUACCGGUGCAGUAACACAGCUCCACAUGGAUCCAUACAAGAUAGUUACCGGAGGCGUAGAGGAUUCUUAUGUCCAUGUAUGGGAGACUGACACCGGUGUCCAAACGAAUUCCUUAUUUUGUGGAUCUCCGGAUGCUUCGAGUUCUAGCCCUGGUUGCUCUGCAAUGGCUGUCAAUGGGUGCAGAAUCGUUACAGCUAGUUACCGCGAACUACUGGGUCUUGUACGCUACAGGGACUUCACCAAUGCUACUUGCCUCGUUUCAUCAGACUUGAGAGAGCACGGUUCGAAGUUCUGGGGUCCACAAUCUUACAGCGACACCGAUGAAUCUGACGGCUGAUGAGAUUUGCCAGCAGCCGAAUUGCAAUGUAUUUCUCAGUUCCGGUAUUGACAGUGUACUGACGGCCUAUCUGCAUUUUUAGAUAGAAGUGUUUGUAAGAGUCCAAAUGUAUUGACAGAUUUAACAGCAAGAAUCUUUCACAAACUCGGACAAUGUACUAUCGAGAUGAGCGGCUGAUAUACAAUUAGUUCAUGUAGUCCAAUCUUUCACAAACUUGGACAAUGUACUAUCGAGAUGAGCGGCUCGGAUACGAUCAGAUUAAUUCCUGUAGUCCAAACUCGGACUCCAAUAAAAAUAAUCCCCUUUCUAUA